AUGACUGCUGAGAAGAGCCACACGCACAAGCAGGUGCAGACCUUCGGCAAGAAGAAGACGGCUAUUGCUGUCGCUACGGUGACGAAGGCUGCGCAAUGCAACAUUCGCGUGAACGGCGUCCCUGUUUCCCAGAUUCUCCCGGAGACGCUCCGUGCGAAGAUUAUGGAGGCCGUGAAUGUGGUCGGUUCCCGCCAGUUUGCUCGCCUGCGCAUCGAUGUAACAGUCCGUGGUGCUGGCCAGGUUGCCCAGGCCUAUGCCACUCGCCAGGCCAUCGCCAAGGGCCUCGUUGCGUACUACCAGAAGUACAAGAACGAGGUGGAGAAGGCCGCACUGAAGGACAAGUAUCUUGCGUACGACAAGUAUCUUCUCAUUGCCGACCCACGCCGCUGCGAGCCAAAGAAAUGGGGCCGUCACUCUGCCCGUACCCGCUUCACGAAGUCAUACCGUUAA